UAUGAGUCAGCAAAUUAUUUUUCGUUUUUGUCUAGUUUGUGUUUCUCAACCCGGUGUUUUCAGUUUUAUUUAGUAAUACUGUGUUGACAUUUCUAGUGAAAAAUGGAAGAUGAUUUUGAAUAUUAUAUUACUUUUCCUGUGAUUUCAAAUCAUGUGAUGAACAAAGAGCCUGUGAUAAUAUUGUUUGGAUGGGCUGGCUGUGUUGAUAGGUAUUUAGCAAAAUACAGCGAAAUUUAUCAGAAGAAAGGAUGCACUACCAUACGGUACAUCACAUCUACAAAUGUCGUUUCACCUAGAAUUAUUGAUGAAAAAAAGAUUCAGAACCUUGCUGGAAAUGUGAUCAAUUUGCUUAUUGACAUGAAGUUUGAUAAACACCCGAUUUUUUUUCACAUUUUUAGUAAUGGUGGAGCAACAGUAUAUCGGUAUGUAAGUGAACUGAUGAGAAAGAAACAUCCAGAAGAAUUUAAGAUUAAAGGUUGCAUUUUUGACAGUUGUCCUGCUAAAGUGAGAGCAUCUGGUUUCGUCAGGGCUACGCUGGCAAUGACAGAAGGAAAUAUUGUCAAAAAAUACAUGAUUGCAGUUGUUGCUCUACUACGUGCUACUCUUCUUGGUGUAUAUAGCGCCAUGCUGAGUUUUUUCACUGGUAAAAUUAACUAUUAUCGUCUAUGGAAUGCAUUGUUAGAAGAACCCAACAUAUGCCCCCAGUUGUUCCUAUUUUCUAAAGCAGAUAAUGUAUGUUGUUGGGAUACCAUUCAGGAAUUUGCAGAUGGUCGUAAGAAGAAAGGAGUUGAUGUGCAAGUAGUUUUGUUUGAAGAUUCUGCUCACGUCAAGCACAUGGUCACAUAUCGAGAAGAGUAUUUAAAACAUGUAUAUAAUUUCAUAGAUGAGAAUACUGCAGCAGAUGGAGCAGGUGAUAUAAAUAAUCAUGAAGGUUAAUUAUAAAAAGAAUAAACUAUCCACAAAAUAUAUGAAGAGUGGUAUUUGUUUCAGUUGUCAUACCUUCCGUUCAUGUCAUAAAUUUUUAUUGUAAGCAUGAAACUUCUUGUAAAUGUGCAUUUAUAUGACAACAUCAAAAAUUUGAUGCCUUCCAAAUAUGAAAAAAAAACUAGAGUGCUAAAAGUUAAGAGCAAAAUAUAUUAUUGCUAAACCUUCAUAAUUUUUAUGAAACCACACAUUUAUUCAUAUAAAUUACAUCUAAAAUAUUAAAUUGAACACAUUGAGUAAAUUAAAAUGAACUUAUUGCCUAUAAAAAUCAUUCUUUAUUUUUUAUUACAUAACACUCUGGGGAAUAGUUAAAUAAUAUACAGUUCUGUUUUCUUUGUUAAGUUAAUAUUUAGUCUAAUAUUCCAUAAAAGUAGGUUUCAAACAAUUGCUGUAUAAAAUCAUCAUCAUUCUUUUUUUUGGGGGGGGAGGGCAGCUAAGCAUAUUAUUCUUCAGUUACCAUACAGAUACCUUUCAGACUUCUGAUUUUGGACCAUAUGCCUUCAAAAGCAAUAUGCUAAAAAUUGUGUAACCUGACAGUAAGCGAAGGGCUGCAAACAUAAUUUAACAUGUAUUAGUGACGGAAAUAUGAUCUAGAUUACAACUGCUACUGAUAUAAUUACAUUUGUUUUCUAGUCUAAAAGAUAUUUAUUAGAACAUUUUAAUGUAAACAUUAGAGCCUGAUUUCUGAAUAUAGUGCAUCUAUUUGUGUUUCUAAUGUUAUAGAUGUAUUAUCAGUUGCUAAGACAGCAUGUCAAGGAUUGUGUUAACUGGCUAAAAUAUUGUAAAAACAAGAUGAUUAUUUGAAAAUUUUGUUAUUAUUUAAUUUUUCUAAGCUUUCACAAGAGGAAAAAUAUGGUGCUUUCAAAUAUGCAUUAAAAAAAGACAUCAUGAACAGCAUUUGAAAAUCACUGGGGUAUUUUUCUUCAGAUAGGUAAAAAAUAUAAAAUUCUAUUAAAAUGUUUGCUGUACUUUUUCCAAAUGAAGUUUCAGAGUAAAUUAUGUUCUGAGAUUGCUAGAGUUUCAGUUUUUAAUUUUUAAUACUGUUAUUCUUGAAAAAUCUUUUAUUGGAUCCUAAAAAAUAAAUGUUUGUUUGGAACAUGCAGUUAUGCAUAUUAAAAAUCAUUUAGUCAUCCUCCCCUCCAAAUCCCACACUGCACAUACUCUGCCUGUCAUUCAUUUUUCAGCUAAUACAAGCUGUGUUUUGGCUGUGGCUGAUUAAUUAGUCCUUGUCAUUUGUAUUUUCUCAAUUGUGUAGUGUGAGAAAGUCUUCCUCUUCAUUCAUCUAUUUUAUCUAAUAUAUUAAUUGAACAUUUAAAAACACUAUAUCCAUAUCUUAGUUUGUAUUUUGGAAGGCAAGUAUUUUAAAACACACAUGAAUUUUUAAAAGGAAAAGGAAAAUCACUAUUAUUAAACUUUUAUAAUAUUUAUGGUACAUUAUUUAAAAACUCAUUUUUUACAAAAUGUCAAACUAUGUAAACAUUGACUCUUUUCCACUAAACAGCUUUCUUUGAACUGAAGCUACAUCUUUUGGUGCCUAAGAUGGUAGAAAUUAUGUCCUUUUGCAAAAUGAAUUUAAAAAUUGAAUGAAAGUUUUGUGAGAGUUAAAAAUGAAAACACCAAAAAGUAGUUUACAAGAGGAAAAAUAUGUUAUAUUAAUAUUAAAGCUGUUGAUAAAUUAACAAGUAUCUACUGAUAUUUAUUGGAGUUGACCAUGUAAUGUCUCUCCUAAAUAUUUCAGGAAAACGUAUGGUGAACACAGGUGAAGUUUAUAAUCCUUUAAUAACUUUAAAUUAUAGCAUAUAAUUUAUAUUAGUUUCAUUGUGAACAAACACUAAUCAAUAGUUUCAAAGAAACUUAAUUGACAUCUAAUUGAUUUUUAAUAGUGCCAUGUGAGAGAGAGAGAGGGGGGGGGGAAGUUUUAAUCUCAAGAAUAGCUUUUGGAAACUCAAAAAAAGAAGGUUUAAAGUUUCUUUGCAGAUAAAAAAAAAAAAAAAAAAAAAAAGAGGCACUCAGUCAUGCAUUUAUCUGUGUUUUAUGUUAUAUCUAAUUCAAGUAAAAUAUCUUUUGAUAUUUUGAUAGUCAUUUUUAAAACACAUGUUACAUUUUUUAUACAUACUGAUUUUAUUCUUAAAAUUAUAGUUUAUUUUAGAUAUUUAUUUAUUUUAUUUAUUUGUUAUUACAUAUUUAACACUGUUAUCCAUGAAAUCAGUAGUUUAAAAUUAGGCAAUGUCGCAUUUUCAAAUAUUCAAAUUGACAUUUUAUAUACAUUAUGGGGGGAAAUGUAAUGUACAAAUGAAUUCUUUAUUAAUAUUUUAAACUAGAUAGCCUGUUGCACUCUUACACAUUACUGCUAUGUAUAUACAACACAAAAGAAAACUAAUCCAUAAAAUACAUAAGUUGUUAAAUAGCUGUCAUAAAUGCUUUGAAUAUUUGAUCUUUUUUUUUUAAUGUUUUCGUAUUUAUUUGCUAUUCAAAUGGAGGAAAUUAAUCUGACCAAAAUAGAAUUUGCUGAUCAAAUGCCACUCUCAUAAUUAAAAAUAAUAUUUACAUUUUGUGUAGAUGUAGAAAUAAGUAAUAAUAUGUGGUAUUUUAAUAUGUUUUACAUCAAAACUGACUCAAUACCAGUUGGUGUUAAGGAAUACUUUUUAAAGGUUAUUAUUAUUUUAUUUCUGGCAUAUAAGCUGUUAUAUAUUAUUCUCACAUAUUACAUUUAUUUAUUCGAGUACUAUCUGUGAUUUUAUUUGUUAUGGUAUUAUGUGAUUUUAUUUAUAUAAAUUUUAUUCUCAGGUAUAUUGUUUUAAGUAUGUGAUGUCUAUGGUUUUAUGAAUACUGAGAAGGGACCAUGGAAAUGGUAUAUUUUACUGAGGGUUAGAUAUAUAUUCAUAACCUGUCAUUUUUCUGCAACAUAUUUUAUUUAUUAUAAAUUCUGAAUUGUUACAAUGCAGUAAAUGGAAAUUAUUCCAAUAUCAUAAAAUUUGUGCAUUGUGAAUUCAAAAUUUACUAUUUCAGGAAUUCUUAGUUAUUAUUACAGUUUGUGCAUUUCUGCAUGAAAAGUAAUUUCAUGUGGUAUGUUUUGCUUAUUUAUCUAUAGUAUUUUUAAGAGCCUCAGAUACUUAAUUCAUCUGUGUUGAUGAGAUUUUUCAUUCACUUCUUGUAUUCAGAAAAUUUAUUACAGGUUAAAAAUUUUUUAUGUGCGUGUGUGUAGGUAAUUAUUAUUUACCUAGAAAGUAGAAUGCAGGUUCCAUUUGAAUUGUUGUUAUUAUUAUAAUUAUUCUCAGCUAAUAUAAAUUUGUUAUGCUUAAAAAUAUAACAACUUGUUAAUUUUUAAAUAUGAUAGAUGUUUAUGUUUUUAGAUACAGGCUGCCCUUGUAUAACACAAUGUUUAGAUUUUUGUAUAGUGUUAUGUAAUGCAAAACUGUGAUACGUAGGAUUGAAAACUAGUAUGGAAAGGAAGAGGAUAUUCUCCAGGAAUUGACAAAAACAUUUGCCAUAUAUUCCGCCAUACCGGUGUAUAAUGCACACUUAAAAUUUCAACCUACGUUUUAAAAUUUUUAAGUAUAUUCGCUGUAUAAUGCACACCCUUUUCUGUAAGAAGAAAUACCUGAGAGAUACAUGUGUGAUGCUCUUCUCUUUCAUUUAUUUGGAGAUUUUUCCCAGACUUUGGAACAAUGGUAUACUGAAUUGAUGAACAAAAAGUGUAACAAUAUGUAUGAGGGGGGGAAUUUUUGAGGGAGAAAAUAAUUUUGCAAAGGUGGUGGGUGAUUUUCAAUGCAGGUGUGCACAAGAAUGUUACUCCAGAUUUUUGAGAAAAGAUAAACUUAAUUUUGGGUUAGAAUGCACUUCUGACCCAAAUGAAUUUACGGAAUUAGGAGUCGGAUAUAAAUUUCUCUGAAUGAAUGAAAGCACAAUAAUUAAUAUGCUUUAUGUAAAGGAAAUUAUCCGAUGAUUAAAAAUUAUCUGGCAAUGAAAAUUUUUAAGUUCAUAAGUUGUGUCAUUUCUUUUAAAGAAACAGCAUUUAGGUUUAUGUAAGAAAUCUAAUAUCUGUAUGCUCUUCUUUGCCUCAUUUUUAAAUGUGUCAAUUUUUAUCCAGCAUAUAACAUGCACUUGUAAAUUUCGAUCUCAUUUUUUUGUAUUAAAAAUGUGCAUUAUAUGCCAGAAUAUAUGGUAAUUUAUGCAUAUAUAUUUUUUAAGUUUAUUGUAUUAAUAUAUAAGUUUAUUGUAUUUAUAUAUAAGUUUAUUCUAAUUGCUAUUUAAUUUAAAUAUAUGCACCUGUUUGUAAAAUAGUAGACGGGAUAAAUAUGCCAACAUCUUCGUAGAUAAAUGCAGCUUUUAAUUAACACAUGGUUAAUGUCUUAAAAAUUGCACAAUAACUCAGUGAUAAUGAAAAAAAAUGUUUUAUAGAUAUAAGAAUCUAUAAAACAUGUCAACACUUAAAUAAGUGUUACAGUUUUACGUGCUUUUUUAGAAUUAUCAAAUGAAUUUUAUGGUGACCUUUAUGGCAUGAUGUGAAUUAGGCAUUUUCAAUUAAUAUGGUUUUUGGUACAUGGAAAUUUCUUAGUUACUGUAAUUUUCUGAAUUUAGUUCAUUCUGGAUGAUUUUCAUUUCAUUAAUCCAAAGUUUUCAAUAGUUUUUCAAUCAUACAAGAGCAAAACCAUAUAGUGUUAUUGGAGAGUUGCCUGUAGUUACCAUUUUCUGACUGGGAUUAUGUCUGUGAUCCAUCAUUUUUUAGUAAAAUUCUUUGAAAUAGUUUAAAUGCAAUUCUGAGAAAGUUUUUCUCAAAUAAAUUGUAUUAAAAUGUAUAAAUAUUGUUUAUAUGGGAGAAAAGAGAAUAGGUUACCAUUAUUCUCUAAUAUGACUAUCCCUCCUUGUCUUGGAAGCAUUUUAGAGUUUAUGUUAAAAAUGUUUUAUAAAUUAUUAUCAUAUUUGUGAUAACUUAUUAAAGCCACUACUAUGCUGGUUGAAUCAUCUGUACUUCAGGAAUGUAAAAAAGGGUAUUUUGAGUAAAUUUUGUGAAAGAUUUCCUGCAUUAUUAAAUAUUUUAAAGGAUAUUUUCAAUUAUAUAUUAAUUCAUGCAACUUAAUACAUUUAAUAAAGUUUGGGAGUAUAAUUUUUACUAGAUUUUCCAAGCAUUUGUUGUCUUCAGCAUGCAAAUUUAUAAUGGGUAUGUUGUACAAGGUCUAAAAUUGAAAAAUUUUUUAUGUUCGUUUUUGUGAACAGAUGAUGAAAUAUGUUACCUAAUGGGUGGUGUGAAAUAUAAUGUGAUAAAAGAAGUAUUUAAUAGCACAAAGCAUUUGCAUAUUUUAUUUGUAUAUAUUAUAUUUUAACAUUAUACAUUGUGUUUCGUUUACGUGAUAUAUGAGUGUGCAAACUUAAUAUUUUAUUAAUUACUUUUUAUGAAAAAAAAAGCUUUAAUGUUUCAUUUUAUGUUUUUAGUGUAAUAUCUUCUUAUUGUAAGGAAAAGUUUCAAAAAUUAUAAAUUGUGUAUAUGGUAUUGAAGUUUAUUAUGUAUAUUUACAGUGAACUCUCAUUAAUUCGAAAUUUUAGUUAAUGUGAACAAAGCUAAAAAACCUCAGUUAAGAAGAAAUGUUAAUAAAUUAAGUGGAACUUCUUGUAUAAUUUAGGAUAAUUUGAACAAAAUCCUGGAAUUCUACAUUUUGCAUUGUUUAAUGGCAACAGAUCAGUUGCACAGUCAACUGAAUACAUGUAUAUGCUCAUUUUCAUGCAAUAUUCAUCAAACAGAGAAUUAUAUAAUGCCCAUUUUCAAAUGAAGAAAACCAGCUAAAAUGUCUAAAAUUAAUAGGACUAAUGCAGAAUUAUUUUUAAGUUCUUUAUGUUGUGAUGUACAAAUCUGUACAGCUAAUUACUAAUAUAAAUAAAAAAAAAAUAAAUGCAUAAAAAUCAUAUUUUUUAGUUUUUAUUUGUCCAGUUUUUAUUUUCAUAUUUUAAAGUAGCUUUUGAUAAUUUAAAUAAUUUUACUAGGCCGUGAAAGUUCAAAUUAACAGGAGUCCACUGCAUGUUAUUGGUUUAAGAUUGUAAGUUCAGUUCAAAUUAUGGAUAAUUUGUAGAAAGUAUGAAUUUAUUAGUGUUUGAACCACUCUGACAAUGUCCUUAAUAAAUAAUCAAAUUAUGUAAUAAAAAUAUAUUUCACCAUUUGCAGCAAA